GGGCGCUCAGCAUACACUCGGGGAACGCGAGCGGUGGGACGAGUUAAAAAGCAAACUUACUUUUACUUCCCCGAAACGUGGGACUUCAAACUUCGUGAAGUUUUCGGUUUAUUUGUCAAAGCUAAAUAGGAAUCAUGCUUCUUUCGUCGCUCUCACUGCUUCUCAUUGGAUUGCUCAACUCGGCUGCCUCAUCCCUCUGCCCCGCGCAAUGCCAGUGCCCACAGCAGGAGCCCAGCUGUGCCCCCGGGGUGAGCCUUGUCUACGAUGGUUGCGGUUGCUGUAAGGUUUGCGCCCGGCAACUCAAUGAAGACUGCAGCAAAACAAACCCGUGCGACCACACGAAGGGGCUGGAAUGUAACUUCGGGGCCAGCUUCGGUGCUUUCAGAGGAAUAUGUAGAGCAAAAUCAGAAGGAAGACCUUGUGAAUACAACAGCAAGAUUUACCAGAAUGGGGAAAGUUUUCAGCCCAAUUGCAAGCACCAGUGCACCUGCAUUGAUGGAGCUGUUGGCUGCAUUCCCUUGUGCCCUCAAGAACUCUCCCUUCCUAACCUGGGCUGUGCUAACCCUAGACUGGUGAAGGUAUCUGGGCAGUGCUGUGAAGAAUGGGUCUGUGAUGAGUACAAAGAUACUGAACCCACAGAACAGACUGAUCAUGCCUACAGCAAGGAAAGUGAAAUGGAUGCUUAUGAAAAUGAGCUCACCAACAAAAAUGAACUGAUUGCCUUAUUCAAAGGAGACCUGAAAUCUCUGCCUGCAUAUAGGCAUCAGCAUCACUCAGUUAUGCUUGAAAGUCAGAAAUGCAUUGUUCAAACCACCAACUGGUCCCAGUGUUCUAAGAGCUGCGGAACUGGUAUCUCCACCAGGGUAACCAAUGACAACGCAGACUGCAAACUAGUAAAAGAAACACGCAUCUGUGAAGUCCGUCCUUGUAGUGAAGCUGCGGCUGCUACUAUGAAAAAAGGAAAAAAGUGCACUAGGACAAAGAAAUCAAAUCAGCCUAUCAACUUCACAUACGCAGGAUGUUCCAGCGUGAAAAAGUACCGGCCAAAAUACUGUGGGUCUUGUGUGGAUGGAAGGUGCUGCAGUCCUCAACAGACGAGAACUGUAAAGGUCAGGUUCCGCUGUGAGGAUGGAGAGACCUUCAGCAAAAACGUAAUGAUGAUUCAGUCCUGCAGGUGCAGCUUUAACUGCCCAUAUGCCAAUGAAUCCUCCUAUCCCUUCUACAGACUGUAUAAUGACAUUCACAAGUUUCAAGAUUAGUUUGAGGAGGAUCAAAAAAUCCAUUGUGGAAAAAAGUUUUUUUUUUUUUUUUUUUGAAUUCCAGAAUAUUUAAAUAAGGGAUGUGACAUACAGAGUCCUGUAUGACUCCUUUCAGAUGAAAUUCCCACGGAAUUAAGGACUAAACAAAGACUGAAUGAAGUGCACUGUAAAGCUGGAAGAAUGACAGCAUCAUUUUGAUUAUUUUCUUUAAAGUACGCUUCAUAAUAUUGGAGCUUUAUUUUGGCUUCGUUCUGGAGCUAUUUGUAAUUAUGUUUAGGCUAUAUAUAAAAUGUGGUUAAUAUUGUAAACUUUGUAUAUUUGGUUAUUUAGGCCCAACACAUGAUUUCAGUGGUAGAGUUUUUAGUUAAUUUGUGUACAAUCUCAGUAACUCAAGUAAAAAUGCUAAAAUUGCACUUGUCUUCCCUGAAAUAAGCAAGUGAUCACAUUCCUUCCUACUGUGAGCACACAUUGGUGUUCAUAUAUGUGGCAGCUAUUAAAAA